AUGAGUUCUUCAAAGGAACCCUCCUCCAUUCAUUGGUUCAGAAAGGGGCUGCGCUUGCACGACAACCGCGCUUUGCUGGAAGCGUGCAAUGGCACAGCGUCCUUGUACCCUUUGUUUGUGCUGGACUCCGACCCCGCAUCACCCGAGUCAAGGGCGGGCCCUCUAAGGACGGCGUUUCUUCUGGAAUCGCUCCAAGAUCUCGAUGAGCAGCUACGUGCGAAGGGGUCACGCCUCUUCGUCGUCCGUGGAAAACCGGAGGAAGUUCUUCCGCAGCUCUUCGAGGAGUGGAACGUCAAGAAGCUGACGUUCGAGGCAGACUCGGAGCCGCGAUCUCGCGCGCGCGAUAGAGAGGUGGGCUCCCUGGCGAAGGAAGCUGGGGUUCAGGUUUUGAUUCGAGGAACGUCCACUCUGCGAAACCUUCAAAACUACCACAUGCUCAUGGGCAAGAAGCAAGGCACAUACCUGAAGACCUACGGGGCUUUCCUCAAGCUGCACGACAACGCGGGCCCUGUGCCCGACUGCGCCCCCGACAUCUCCGGAGACUUGCCAGCCCCCGGUGCAUCGCCGGACGAUGCCGAGUACGACCGCUUUUCGAUUCCCUCUCUGUCGGACCUGGGCGUGGAGCCGCUGGCAAAGGCGUUGAAAUUUCGAGGGGGCGAGAGAGAAGCUCUUGCCAGGCUCGAACGCGUCAUGGCAAGGGAGGACUGGAUAUCAAAGUUCGAGAAGCCCAAAACCUCUCCGAACUCGAUCGAGCCCAGCACAACCGUCCUCAGCAUGUACAUUUCUCACGGGUGCUUGAGCACGCGGAGGUUCUGGCACGCCCUCUGCAAGGUUUACACCAAAAAGGGUGGCUCCAAGCCUCCGGUUUCGCUCAAGGGCCAACUAUUGUGGAAAGAGUUUAACUAUUUCAGUGGGUACUCCAUCCCCAGCUUCGACAAGAUGGUCGGCAAUCCCGUCAUCAGGCAGAUACCGUGGGACAAGGACGAGGAGAAGCUGAUGGCGUGGAAAGAGGCCAGAACCGGAUUCCCUUGGAUCGACGCCGCUAUGACGCAGCUCAAGGACGAAGGAUGGAUUCACCACCUUGCUCGCCACGCAGUGGCUUGCUUCCUGACGCGGGGUGACCUGUGGCAGAGCUGGGAGGACGGAGCUGCCGUUUUCGACGAGCUGUUGCUCGACGCUGAUUGGAGCAUCAACAACUUCAACUGGCAGUGGUUGAGCUGCUCGGCCUUUUUCUACCAGUACUUCAGGUGCUAUAGUCCAAUUGCCUUUGGAAAGAAGACAGACCAAAAUGGGGACUACAUCAAGAAGUACUUGCCAGCCCUCCGAAAGUUUCCGUCGAAGUACAUCUACGAGCCAUGGACGGCACCGUUACAGGUGCAACGAGGUUGCGGAUGCAUCAUCGGCAAGGACUACCCGAAGCCCAUCGUCGACCACGCCGACACCUCCAAGGCCAACAUGGCCAAGAUGAACGACGCUUACGAUGCCCACCAGGAGGCGCAGGCUGCAGAAUCCCACGAUGACGGAGGCAGUGGCAGUGGCGGUGGUGGUAGUGGUGGUGGUAGUGGUGGCGGAGCAAGGUCGCGUGCUCGAGGAGCACAGCCGGCGUCUAGUAAGAGAGUCAAGCGUUGA